GCCUUAGUUCUUGAACGAAUGAGUGGGUGACAUAGUGUGUGGUGUGUACGGGAUGCAGUUUGGCUGACGUGCUAUAGAGAAUCCUGGGGAGGUACUGGCUCAGACACCGUCAUUCCAGACUCUAAGGAAGGGUUGCAUCUAACACUAAUUUACAGCAGCAGCCCGAGGACAGACAAAGAAAGCGGUCCAAGCAGGCAGGAUGCCACUGCGCAGUCGCAGAAGCUGCGUAGCUCUGUCGCUGGGAGGAUUCGCGCAGGCGUAGAGAGAGCCGGCGACGCUGGUCGCGCUCCAGCCUGCGCUUCCGGCGCCGGGCCUGAGGCGUCCCGCAGUCCCGCUUGUAUUUACCUCGCACUCCUCAUCCGCUGCUAGGCAACCGGCCGGCCAAGCUACCUUCCUUGCGCCUGCGUCGGGCGUCUGUCUUCCGCCCUUAGCUGGCGCCAUCAUGCUGCUGCCCGUGUUCACCUUGAAACUGCGCCACAAAAUCAGCCCCCGCAUGGUGGCCAUAGGGCGCUACGACGGGACUCACCCGUGCUUGGCGGCCGCCACCCAAGCGGGCAAGGUUUUUAUUCAUAAUCCUCACAACCGGAGCCAGCAGUUCAGUACAUCCAGAGUGUUCCAGAGCCCUCUGGAAUCUGAUGUCUCUCUGCUCAACAUUAACCAGACGGUCAGCUGCCUGGGUGCGGGAGUCCUGAACCCUGAGCUUGGCUAUGAUACUCUUUUAGUAGGGACCCAGACCAGUCUUUUGGCUUACGACAUCUACAAUAAUUCAGAUUUGUUCUACAGAGAGGUCUCAGAUGGGGCAAAUGCCAUUGUGCUGGGGACCCUGGGAGACAUUGCCCCGCCUCUUGCAAUCAUCGGUGGAAACUGUGCUCUUCAGGGUUUCGAUCAUGAAGGAAAUGAUCUCUUUUGGACGGUUACUGGAGACAAUGUUCAUUCCUUGGCUCUGUGUGACUUUGACGGUGAUGGGAAGACAGAGCUUCUUGUUGGAUCUGAAGAUUUUGACAUUCGAGUUUUUAAAGAAGAUGAGAUUGUGGCAGAAAUGACAGAGACAGAGAUAGUCACCUCUUUGUGUCCCAUGUACGGCAGUCGGUUUGGUUACGCCCUUUCCAAUGGCACAGUUGGAGUUUAUGACAAAACAGCCCGGUACUGGAGAAUUAAAUCCAAAAACCAUGCCAUGAGCAUCCAUGCUUUUGACAUUAAUUCUGAUGGAGUGUGUGAACUGAUAACCGGGUGGUCUAAUGGGAAGGUUGAUGCUCGUAGUGACCGGACUGGAGAGGUCAUAUUUAAAGACAAUUUCUCUUCUGCUGUUGCUGGUGUGGUAGAGGGAGAUUACCGGAUGGAUGGCCACGUACAGUUAAUCUGCUGCUCAGUGGAUGGGGAAAUCCGAGGCUACCUGCCAGGCACAGCUGAGAUGAAGGGGAACCUCCUGGACACAAGUGUGGAGCAGGAUCUGAUCCGAGAACUGAGCCAGAAAAAGCAGAACCUGUUGCUAGAACUUCGCAACUAUGAGGAGAACACCAAGGCAGAACUGAGCAGUCCCCUGAACGAGGCCGAUGGGCAGAAAGGCAUCAUCCCAGCCAAUACCAAGCUCCACACAGCCCUCUCAGUCAGUCUGGGGAGUGAUACACAGGAUGCACACGCGGAAUUACGCAUUUCCACUUCCAAUGAUACUAUCAUCCGGGCAGUACUAAUUUUUGCAGAGGGAAUUUUUGUGGGGGAAAGCCAUGUGGUCCACCCCAGCAUUCACAACCUUUCCAGCUCCAUCCGGGUACCAAUUACACCUCCCAAAGAUGUCCCUGUGGAUCUGCACUUGAAAACCUUCGUGGGUUACAGAAGCAGCACCCAGUUCCAUGUGUUUGAACUGACAAGACAGCUUCCCCGAUUUACCAUGUAUGCACUGACAAGCCCAGACGCAGCUAGCGAGCCUGCCAGCUAUGUGAACUUCAUCAUUGUGGAGCGCGCCCAGAGGAUGGUCACGUGGCUCAACCAGAACUUCCUGUUGCCAGAAGACAGUAAUAUUCAGAAUGCCCCGUUUCAAGUCUGUUUCACAUCCUUACGCAAUGGUGGCCAGCUCUACAUAAAAAUGAAACAAAGUGGUGAGAUCACUGUGAAUACUGACGAUAUUGAUCUUGCUGGUGAUAUCAUCCAGUCGAUGGCAUCCUUUUUUGCUAUUGAAGACCUUCAGGUAGAAGCAGAUUUCCCUGUCUACUUCGAGGAAUUACGAAAAGUACUGGUGAAGGUUGAUGAGUAUCAUUCAGUGCAUCAAAAGCUCAGCGCCGACAUGGCUGAUAAUUCUAACCUCAUCCGAAGUUUGCUGGUCAGAGCGGAGGAUGCUCGUCUGAUGAGGGACAUGAAAACAAUGAAGAAUCGUUAUAUGGAGCUCUAUGACCUAAAUAAAGAUUUGCUAAAUGGAUACAAGAUUCGUUGUAACAACCACACAGAACUGCUAGGAAACCUGAAGGCAGUGAACCAAGCAAUCCAAAGAGCAGGCCGUCUGCGUGUUGGAAAGCCAAAGAACCAGGUGAUCAGUGCUUGUCGGGAUGCGAUUCGAAGCAACAACAUCAACACGCUCUUCAGAAUCAUGCGGGUGGGGACUGCUCCUUCAUAGGAGACAGGAAAGAGGAAGGCAGCUGCUGCAAAAGGUUUCUGUCUAGACAUGGAGGCUGGUUGACUCCCAGUCACAUCCUGGUGAAUCCAGGCUGCUAAGGAUGAAACCAUGCUAACUGGUACAGCUAACAACAAAGCAUUCCACUUGAAAGGCUCCUUCAUUUGACAUCAGUAGUAUUGCUGCUGAUGUGUGUGAGAGAGUGAGACUUCCUUAAAUUAUAUCACCGUUUCAGAGUUUAACCUGUUUUUGUACAUAAAGUUAGUGUAUGAAUUUAUCUUUCCCCAUCCCCAAAAUUGUUAUUGAAAUUUAAAAUGGAGUAUUUACUUUUUCAUUAAAAAUAAAAGACACUGGUCCUC